CUCGAAUCCCAUGUUUUGCAAACUCGUGUAAUGCAUGAAAGCCACACAGCUGUGAAUGUUAAUGCGAUGUUUCACUCCGUUGCUGAUGAAUGGGAGCUGACUGUCACGGAUCUGGUGAUUGUGACUGAUAAUGCUGCCAACAUGCUAGCCGCUACACAGAUUGAUAACUUGGCACACAUUACAUGCUUCGCCCACACUUUGAACCUGGCUGCCCAACGAGCUCUGAAGCUAACUACAGUGUCACGACUGCUGGGGAGGAUCAGGCGAAUUACUGGUUUCUUCCACCGCAGCACCAUCGCAAAUCAUGAACUGCAGGAGAAACAGAAACUUCUGCAGUUACCGCAGCACAAACUGAAAACUGAUGUCCCUACACGAUGGAACAGUGCGCUGGACAUGAUUGAGCGGUUCCUAGAACAGCAGCCUGCUAUAU